GACGCCCCGCCGCCGACCUUCGGCGACCUGGGCGACACCCCAGAACUUCGACUACAACUACGUGCAGCGUAUCAACGGCUUGCUGAACGACGCAGGCAACGGCGACGAGAACGAGAAGCACCACCUGUUCGACGACGGGCGGCCGCACCUC